GGCGUUGUUUUGUUGUUGAUUUCUAAGUUACAGGUCGUUUAAGCUUUCUUUCUCUCUCUCUCUCUCUCUCUCUCUUUCUCUCUUCUCUCUAUUCUCCAUUUUUGAUCUUCAACUCUUCUCCAUACAAUCUUGAAGAAUUCAAAAGUUGUUUGGUUAAAGAGUUACAUUCUUCCAAGAAACCAAUUCUUGCACAUUCUGCUUUGAAAAUGGACACAUUGUUGGUGCCUCCAUGGUUAGAGUCAUUGCUAAGCACAGCUUUCUUCUCUAUCUGUCGAACGCAUGGAGAUGCAGCAAGAAGUGAAUGUAAUAUGUAUUGCUUAGAUUGUAGAGGUGAUGCAUUUUGCUUCUAUUGCCGUUCUUCAAGACACAAGGAUCAUCAAGUAAUCCAGAUAAGGAGAUCUUCAUAUCAUGAUGUCGUGAGAGUUGCAGAAAUUCAAAAGCUAUUGGACAUAAGUGGAGUUCAAACUUAUGUAAUAAACAGUGCAAGAGUAUUGUUUCUCAAUGAAAGGCCGCAGCCAAAAUCUGGGAAAGGAGUUUCUCAUAUUUGUGAAAUUUGUGGGAGAAGUCUUUUAGACCCAUUUAGAUUUUGCUCAUUGGGAUGUAAGCUUGUAGGAGUAAAGAGAAAUGGAGAUGCAAGAUUUAGCUUAGAGGCAAAGAAUGAGGAACUAAUAGAAAGAAGAGAAGGCAUAUCAAGAAUGGUAGUCUCAUCAAGAGAAGAUGAAGAAUUGCGUGAAGGGUCACAACAAGACAUUUACCCGCCCACGCCUCCUCCACCUCCUACUUCUAGUGCAAGAAGAAGAAAAGGCAUUCCUCAUAGGGCACCUUUUGGAUCCUAAUCCAAAAAAGAAAAAAAAAAUUACAAUUAAAAUUUGCCCCUUAAUUAAACACAAUUGGUAUAUUCCAUUCAUCUCCAUCAUUUCUUGCACAAAUUGCUCUUUCUUUAUUUCCUUAGGGUCAAUAUCUCGACUAAAGGAAUUGUAGGGUACCCUUUUGGUUGGGGGGGGUGUCCCAAAAAAACAAAAUAGGGGGUUAGUAAGUUACUUACCCUUUUGGAUUUGGGUCCCGUAUAACAAAAUUCUCUCUUGUGAAUUGAAACAAUAAUGUUAUUGAUAUUUGAUAAUUGAUAGUUUGCAAAUUCUGUACAUGUCAAUUAAGAAAUUAAAAACCAAGUCUUUGUUGAGUCUUUUU